AUGAAGUGCCGCCACUUGUUUGUCCUAUUCAGUGCGUUGUCUCAGGGAUAUGCUCGCUUUACUGGGUCCCCGGUCAAGCGAAGUCUGGGGACUGCCACAGUAUCCCUCGCCAUGCCCUCGGGUACUCCAGAGCACUUGGGCUCGGGGGUACUAUACGGGGUUCCCAUCAACGAUGGUCAAGUGUCUACACAAAUUCCAGACCAUUUCUUCACGGAGAUGGGCUACAACUUCGGCCGUGCGGGCGGUUCAGCCUGGCCAGAGCCCAACAGGGGUUGGUCUGUGAGUCCCAGCGAAUAUACGUUCCGUUUUCAAUCUGCCCUGUCAAAUUACAGGACAGCGAGGAAGUUCGGGGCUAGCUUUUUUCUCUUGAGUAGCGACCUUUGGGCAAAUGUCGUCGAUAGUACACCGUUUCCUGGAGACAACGGAGACUGGACAUAUUACGACGAUUUCCUCACGCAAUUGAUCUCUGACAUCCAGGCAAAUGACAUGACCGAGGGUUUAAUAAUCGACAUCUGGAACGAGCCUGAUAUAGCUGGAUUUUGGGCCAGAGACCAAUCACAGUACCGGGAAAUGUGGGGUCGUACUUAUCACCGUCUGAAGGCAGACCUUCCUGGGGUGUCUCUAGCCGGCCCUUCGGCAAGUUCCGGCCCGUCGAGUGAGAACGCCGUUUUUACCGGUUGGGCAGAAUUUGUGGGCGCAAAUCAAAGUGUCCCAGAUGUUUACACCUGGCAUGCACUCAACCCGGCGACGAGUCCUACUCAGGAGGCAGACUAUUUUGCAACCCAGCGCAGCAACCUUGGGCUACCUUCAAGGCCAAUCAACAUAAACGAGUACCUUGCUUAUGGCGAGGUAGGACCCAGUCCGUUAGUCUAUUAUCUGGCUCAAUUUGAACGCCUUGGAAUUCGAGGUCUUCGCGCCAAUUGGGCCAAGGGCGGUGAAGAUGCUUUUGCUCUCCACAACUAUCUGGCAAAUCUCCUAGGUCCUCAGGGUGCGACUUCGGGGUACUAUCCCAAUGGCGAGUGGCAAGUGUAUAAGUAUUAUGCCGCCAUGGGUGGCGAGCGGGUGGCCACUACACCUUCAUCCGACGGAGUUUUGGAGGUCUACGCCACGACGGGCAGCCCUAUCAAAGUUCUUACUUCUGCCCGCCAGAGUACCGGCACUUACAGUAUCACCAUGACAGGGUUCAGCGCCGUAGGAAUCACCGGACAGGUCACGAAGCGGUCCCUUGGUUUUACUUGGAAUGACGUGUUCGGGGAGGUCGGGGAUCCAGUCGACUUCGGGACUGAAGUGCAUACAAUUGUGGACGAUGCGGUGACAUUUGAUGUAAUCCCAAGAACUACCACAGAAGCGUAUGCUUUUGAGUUCUCCUGA